AUGGAAAAUAUCUACAAUAACACCACUUCACCCACAGAAGACUACUAUGAUACAAUCGUCCCUGUACUUCAGUACUACGAAAAGAUUAAUUUUAUUAUGUAUGUUUGCACAUGCAUAAUCAUCUCUAUUGGCCUCCCCUUGACUCUCGUGACCAUCUAUGCUCUUUACUCUCUGGUAGGUACAAUAUGACUUCACUAAUUUACUGUCUCUGUCAUGUUUCUGUAAAAUAGUGUGUCCAAAUUUAAUCAUGUGAGCCCGUACACACUGAGAACACUUACACUUAAAAUGCAAAAUAAGAAAAAGCAAAGGAGAGUCAGACAUAGUUGACUUUGUUUCCUACUUUGAUUUAAAAAUAAUUAAAGAAAGUGUGAAGUUUUGGAACCAUUUAUAAUAAGCAAACUAUGGAUGGACCUGAGCUGUGGAUGAGAAAAACGAUGCAAAAAAAAGUUUUUUUUUUCUUAACCCUUUGAUGCGCAACAUGGGUCAAAAAAGACCCGGCUGAGUUUAAAUUUUAUAUAUCUUUUCAAAAAAUUUAUUCCAUCAGUCAGUACUCAAGGAAUUCCUCAAUUAACUUGUUUUUGACGACCCUACAUCCUUAUGUUAAUUUUUCUUUUUUUACUUUUAGAAUAAAAACCGUUUUUGUAUCACUACCCCUCUAAUGCACAACAUGGGUCUAAAAUGACCCGUAUCCAUUUUCAAUGUUAUUUCAUGUAUAGCUGAGUGUUUCUAUGGUAUAUCUUUGACAUAAAUUAAUUUUAUCAUUCACUAUUCCAAGUAUGCAGUAAAGAUCUUGUUUUAGUUGAGCACAAAUAAUCAUUUUUAUUUUUCCUUUCUUACAUUAUGAGGAAGCACAGAUUUUGUAUUUCUACAUCAAGUUUACAUACAUGGGUCAGAAACGACCCACAUAUAGUGACUGUAGCAUUUAGCAUGAAAAGACCAUCUAAUACAUGUAAGUAUGGUUUUUCAAUUGUUCUGACAUUAUCUUAGAAAUUAUUUGAUGACAAUUGUGAAAUAUAAUCUUACAUAGAUUUGAUUUGAUUAGGUUUAGGUUACCUUGAGCGUGAGGACAUUACAUGUUGGAAAGUUACACAGUUACAGGUAAAACAGCUAGCGUUAUUUCAGCUAGCUAUAAUCAGACGCAUGUGUAUGUGACAAAAUGACAAAUAAACAUGUUGCUAAUACAAAAUACAAAAGUGUUUGGCCCAUAAACUGUAUAAAGAAUGGACAGCGUCUGCCUCCUUGCUGGGUGAAGCCGAGAACAGCACCCCCUGUUUACAGGCUGCAGUAUAGGUCAUAAAUCCCGCCUCCGCCAGCAAACCUUAUGGAGCUGUGGACAAACUUUAGAAAUUUAUUACACAGAACAUUAAUUUUUCUUCCCCCUGCUUGUGAUGUUGACAUGUAGUUAUUGUAAGACUGGUUUGUGCUCAAGUCCUCUUUUUUCUGUACAGCUCCGCUUUUAAAAGUUAUUAGGGGGUUCAUGUUUUCUAUGAUUGACACCUGCCAUAGACUGUAUAUAAGAUGGACAGAGUCUGCCUCCCCACCGGGUGAAGCCACUCCGAGAACAGCACCCUCUGUUGAUGGGCUGCAGUAUAGGUCAUAAAUCCCGCCUCCGCCAGCAAAGUUUAUGGAGCUGUGGACAAACUUUAGAAAUUUAUUACACAGAACAUAAAUUUUUAUCCCUCCUGAUUGUGAUGUUGACAUGUAGUUACUGUCAGACUGGUUUGUGCUCAAGUCCUCUUUUUUUCUGUGAAGCUCCAUUUUUAAAAGUUAUUAUGGGGGUUCAUGUUUGCUAUGAUUGACACCUGAUACAGCCUAUGGGCGUUCAGGGAUUGCGUAGCUCUCCCGGGGGAUAUGCUGUUUGAGCCGAGUGUCAUCACAGCGACUCUCUUCAACUGUGCGGCCAAAAGUGCGCAUUGCUACUGCACAGCGCUGGCUUCAGGAAAUGAAGAAAAAUCCUGGAAAUAUCGAAAGCUAUUUGGCUUCAAAUCUGUAUACAGGCAGUAGGCGGAACGAAGUUGUCCAUAGUAUAUACAGUCUAUGGAUACAGCCUAUGGGCGUUCAGGGAUUGCGUAGCUCUCCCGGGGGGAUACGCUGUUUGAGCCAAGCGUCAUCAUAGCGACUCUCAGCGACUGCGCGGCCGAAUGCACGCAUCGCAACUGCGCAGCUCUGGUUUCAGAAAUGUAGAAAAGUCCCGGAAAUACCAAGAGCUUUUUGGCUCCAAAUCCGUAAACAGGUGGUAGGCGGAACCAAGUUGUCCAUAGUAUAUGCAGUCUAUGGUUUGGCCCCACUCACUGCUAAUUUCAUUACUUGAAACAAAUUAUUAUUAUAGUGUUAGGUAAUUCAAUAUUAAAUCACACUUGAAUGAAGGGGUCGUUUUUGACCCAUGUGUGUAAACUUGAUGUAAUAAUAUAGAAACUAUAUUAUUUCAUAAAGUAUGAAAAGAAAAAUAGAAAUAAUGAUCAGUGGUGAUCAAAAACAAGAUAUUUAAAGAAUACUUGGAAUAUUCAAUCAGAAAACAAACUUAUUUCAAAAGAUAGAACAAAGAAAAACUCAGCCAGCAUGAAAUACCAUUGGAAAUGAAUGCGGGUCUUUUUAGACCCUUGUUGCGCAUUAGAGGGGGUGUGGAUAUGUUGCGCAUCAAAGGGUUAAUUUUGCACUCUGAGAAAAAAAAAUAGAAAUGCUAUGAACAACAUUGAAUCAUUGAAAAUGAAGUUAAAAAUACAAUUUUGUAUAAAAAAAAAAAGUCAUGAUGUUGGAAAAUAAUCCACAUUUUUUUUGGACAGACUGGUUUAGUCCAACAAAUCCAGUGAGAAAAGCUGACAGCCCAGUUGUUGGAGGAGGCAGACACCCUCACAUCAAACUUUCCUUUUGAGAUAUAGAGCUGAUAGUUAGGGCUGCUGAGGCGUGAGCCAGCUCUUAGUUGUGCUGCUAUACACUAAGACCGCUGGGAUAACUGGCACUGAGCUCCUGUCUUUCCCCCUCUCUCCUCAGGUGAGCAGGACUGUAGACAAUCUUAUUUACAUGAAAUAACAGGUCCUUCAUCCACAUUGAAGCACAGGUAUUUGUUUGUGCAACCACACACAUUCACAUAUACAAAAGAGGGAGGAGUUGUUCUGUUAUUUGGCCAGUAAAACUAUCACUAUGGGCUCUAUUUUCAUGCCCGCCGGCGGCGCAACAGGGUGGCACACCCCGCGCAGUGGUAUUUUAAGUUGGCAGAGUCCGGCGCACACCCAAUUUGGUAUUUUCGUAGACUGAGGCGUACCAAAGUCCGUCAAGCUGGGCGUGGUGGUGGGGGGAGGCGACGAUAGAAUCAGCUGGCGCAGUGACAUUUUGGUGCCUGUCAGCGGCGUGGAAAGUGCGCUGAAAGCUUCCCUGAUUCAAACCUGUCAGCUUUCAGUGCAGGCGGAUCGCAGCUGAUCUAGUGGUAUCUUGGUAGACCGGUGGCGUAGUGCACAUAUGUCACCGUUGCCUCACGGGCAGGUUUGUCAGGCACAUUUCAGUGCAAAAAUAAUCAUCAAUCAUUAAUAUAUGCAAUUUGAUUUGAUUGUCUUUAUUUGUGGAAAAGGUUGUUUUUCUUACUAGUGGGUAGCUGUGUGUGCAACCACACACAUUCACACAUACAAAGGAGGGAAAAGUUGUUCUGUUAUUUGAUCAGUGAAACUAUCAGUAUGUCUACAUGCACAGCUAAGUCAAGUUACAGUCGUAGCUCAAUCAAGCCAUAUAACUGGACUUCUGUCCUUGUUCCAGUCCAAAUGCACUAGACAAAAAUUGAACUAUUGACAGAAGCAUGACCAUGUCCACGAUGGUAGGUGACACCCUCCUUCAACUGUUACAAUAAGUGCAUCUCCCAAUUGACAUAUUAUGUUUCAAAACAGUCAGUAAAAAGCAUUAGUGAGAGGCAGACCAACAAAAAAUGUCCUUUUUACAGCCCUGUAAAGUUGUUUCUACAACAAGAAAGUUUUGUCUUUUUACUUUCUUUCUUUGUACGCAUAAUCUAUCAGUCGGUUUCAGUCUGACUGAGCCGUAUAAAUGAUGGAGAAAAUCGAUCCCCAACUGCAUCAUCUAGUCCAGUUAGUAAGACUAUCAGAAGUUUGAUUUAGUUUAAUCUCAGUCAUAUAAACAAACUGUAUGUACAGUCAGAACUUAUGACACAGUUAUAUGCACUUUUUUUUUUCCAUAUCACAGGAUGCUUUUGGGUGUUACAACAGUUUCCGGGGUUGGUCUUAUCAGGACACAAUCUUGUUUGCAUCAUAAACUUAUGUGAACAAGAUUGCUGAAACCUUUGAAGUGAAACAAACAUCCAGAAAACUUGAAAGGAUAUGGUUCUUCACAGAUGACACUCAACUAUACCUACUACUGAAACCAGGAUAAAUCUGGGAGUUUUCUCUGACCAGGAUAUAUCCUUUAACUUCCAGAAUCAACAUGUCUAGAACUGCCUUAUUUCACCUGUGCAACUGUUUAAAAUUCAGAAAACCUCCUGCCUCUGAACGGCACAGAAAAUUUAGUCUAUACAUUUGUCGCCUCUCGGUUGGAUUGCUAUGAUUCCCUUUUAUCAGACUGCCUGUCUUUCGAGACUUUUCUGGUGGUCUAAAAUGCUGCAGCCAAAGUACUGACCAGGACCAGAACAGAGAGCACAUCUUCCCUUUAUAAGCUCCUUUACACUAGCUUCCCAUGAAAUCUAAGGUAGAAAUUAAAAUUCUUCUUUUAAACUACAAAACUCUUCAUGGUCAGGAACCAUCAUGUCUUACAGAGCUCGUAGUUCCCUGUUACCCCACCAGAACAUUGCAGUCCCAGUAUACAGGCCUGCUCAUUGUACCUAAAGUCUCUACAUGCAUCAAUCUCACCUCUUUCCAUCUCUCUGAAUCUCUCUAUUGCUAAGUUUUUCCCUUUCCCCCCUUGCUAAAUGCUACAAAGUGCAGCACUCACAUGGUUGAAGAUUGGAUUGGAUUGGAGUGGGUCUGAUCUUACAAGAUGGAGCUCAAUCUUAUCCAAUCUUUAUAUUGGGUCUUUUUAAAAAGAGUCUGGUUAAGACCAGCUUUUCUUUUGUUUGUUUGAUGGAUUGGUUAAUUGAAACUGGAACUUAAUUCACACACAGACAUCAGCUGAACAGAGAGUGGGGCAGACAGGUAGAGGCACCAAAUAGCACAAAUCACACUCUGAUAGGCCCAAAUGCUGACACCAGAGACAAGCAACAGUUCACAAAUACUUAAUACAGCUUACUCGCAUCCAAUAUGUUUUGUGACGUUUUUCUUCAAACUCAAAGAGUCCUCUGCAAACUCACAGCUGUCAAUUGCUUGACCCCAAUAAAUCUUGAGUAAUAUAUACAGUGGAUAUAAAAAGUCUACACACCCCUGUUUAACUGCCAGGGUUUUGUCAUGUAAAAAAGUUUAAUCUAGAUAAAUAAUUUCACAACUUCUUCCACCUUUAAUGUGACCUAUGACCUGUACAACACAAUUGAAAAACAAACAGAAAUCUUUCAAGGAGGUGAAGUAAACAUAAAUAAUUGAGAUUAUGUGGUUGCAUAAGUGUGGGGAUGUGGCUGUGUUCAGAUUUAACCAAUAAGAUUCAAACUCAGGUUAAAUUGGAGUCAGCAUACACCUGUCACCAAUUAAAGUGCCUCUGAUCAACCCCAAAUAAAGUUCAGCUGUUCUAGUAGUCUUUUCCUGACAUUUUUGUAGCCACAUCUUCCAGCACAAGCCAUGGUCUGCAGAGAGCUUCCAAAGUAUCAGAGGGAUCUCAUUAUUCAAAGAUAUCAGUCAGGUGAGGGCUACAAAAGAAUUUCCAAGGAAUUAAAUAUACCAUGGAACACAGUGAAGACCAUUAUCAUCAAGUGGAGAAAAUAUGGCACAACAGUGACAUUACCAGGACGUCGGUCCAAAAUUGAUGAUAAAACAAGAAGAAAACUGGUCAGGGAGGCUACCAAGAGGCCGACAGCAACACUGAGGGGGCUGCAGGAAUUUCUGGCAAGUGCUGGCUGUGUAGUACAUGUGACAAAAAUCUCCCGCUGUCUUUAAAUGUCUGGGCUAUGGGGUAGGGUGGCAAGACAGAAACCUUAUCUUACAAAGAAAAACAUCAAAGCCUGGCUUAAUUUUGCAAAAAGACAUCUGAAAUCUCCCAAACGCAUGUGGGAAAAUGUGUUAUGGUCUGAUGUAACCAAAGUUGAACUUUUUGGGCAUCAUUGCAAAAGGAAUAUUUGGUGCAAAAUCAACACUGCUCAUCACCAAAAGAACACCAUACCUACAGUGAAGCAUGGCCGUGGCAGCAUCAUGCUUUGGGGCUGUUUUUCUUCAGCUGGAGCUGGUGCCUUAGUCAGGGUGGAGGGAAUUAUGAACAGUUCCAAAUACCAGUCAGUGUUGGCACAAAACCUUCAGCCUUCUGCUAGAAAGCUGAAGAUGAAGAGGAACUUCAUCUUUCAGCACAACAAUGACCCGAAGAACACAUCUAAAUCAACAAAAGAAUGGCUUCACCAGAAUAAGAUUGAGGCUUUGGAAUCAGAGGGAUCUCUGAAUCCCAUUGAACAUUUGUGGGGUGAUCUGAAGAGGGCUGUGCACAGGAGAUGCCCUCGCAAUCUGUCAGAUUUGGAGCGGUUUUGCAAAGAAAAGUGGGCAAAUAUUGCCACAUCAAGAUGUGCCACGCUGAUAGACUCCUACCCAAAAAGACUGGGUGCUGUAAUAAAAGCCAAAGGUGCUGCAACAAAGUAUUAGUUUAAGGGUGUGCAUAUUAUGCAACCAGGUUAUUUUAACUCCUCUAUUUUUUAUUUUUCCCCUUUAAAGGUUUCAGUUUGUUUUUCAAUUGCAUUGUACAGGUUAUAGGUCACAUCAAAGGUGGAAAAAGUUAUGAAAAUAUUUAUCUUGCUGUCAUUUUCUUACAUUGCGAAAACCUGGCAGUUGAACAGGGGUGUGUAGACUUUUUCUAUCCACUGUAGAUCGACUCCAUGAACACAGCUUCUCUAAUUAUUUGGCCAAUUUUGAUCAUUAAACUCUAAUGUUACUGCUGCACUAAAUCUUGAGUUCAGUCUUGUCAGUGUGUAAUGAGCAUUAUUUUACACAAAAAUGUAUGAGUGGUCAUAAGAGCACGAGAUAUAAUUGUUAAAGGAUGAUUUAACAAUUGUUUAUUUACUUUUCUUGUAGGUGAGAAAGGAUCAAGUUUCACCGAUCUACAUCAUCAACCUUCUCAUUUCAGACAUCAUUCAGUUCUCAAUCAUGAUCGUGUGGGUCUUAGACCCCAUGGAAGAAAUAGAAGAAAUGGAAGAAAUGGCUGUUCCAUUUGUGGAUAGAAUCUAUGAGUGUGGAAUAAUGACCAGUGUUUGCUUCAUGGUGUGUGUCUCUCUGGAAAGGUAACUAUCUAAAGUUUACAUGUGCACUACUUCAGUGUUUGAAAGUUAUGUUCUUUUAUUUUCCUGCACCUUCUCAGAGACUGUGUGUCUUUCUCAAACUGCAGGUACUUGGUCAUCGUCCACCCAUUAUGGUACCGCUACAAACGCACUAUAAAGACUUCUGUGACAGUCUGUGUCAUGGUCUGGGUCACAACUAUUGUCUUCACCUUUGCUGUGUUCCCCUGGGUUGAUGAUUUAGUCGAAAGACUCACCAUUUCCAUUUUCCUCCUCCUUCCUUUUCCACUGUUUAUAUUCUUCCUGGUCAGGACCUAUAAAGCCCUCUCUGCCUCUGUCUCUGUCCCUUCUGAGGAAAAACGAAGAAUUGUGGGAAUGCUGGUCUCUGUGCUCCUCAUUUACACACUUCUGUUUCUGCCCAGCAUUAUCUGGCUCUUGACAGAGGGGGGGUGGGAAUAUGAACUCACUCUUGGUAGUUUGUCCGGUCUGUUCUUUAAGUUGAGUCCUCUUGCAGACUUAGUUCUGUAUAUUUUCAUUAGAAAGGCCACCAUGGGCAAGCUGUUGGCCUCUGUGUGUUGUUGCAAAGCGGAGAGCAAUGACAGUCACACAUCUGCAGUGAAUAUUGACAACAUUUAGCUGGAGAGCUUCAUACAGACAAAGACAAAGAAGAGACCAAGAUUUUCUUAAGCACCGAUGUAACUAGUGUAUAUCCAGAAUACACAUCCAUUCCUCUCAAAACCUGAUUAUUUUGUUAAUUCUUCUUUUUUUAAUAACAUCACAUACAGUUAUUGAUCUUUAAGCAAUAAAACUUUUAAUUGUGCAGUUUUUGUUGUCAACACGCUAGUUUUCAGAGUUGAUUUAAAAACCUUUCUUCUGUAUUAUUUUGUGCUUAAAAAAAAAACUGUAAAAUAUUACAAGUUGUAUAGCACAUAGGUCAUAUCAUAUAGCUUGCUAACUAAAUAUUAUUUUUAACCUGGCAUCUUUUAUUUUGCAUGUCUUCCUCUUGUAUCCAUAAAUGAUGUAUUUUACAUUUUGUGAAUCACUUUGCAAUGCAGUUUUUCAUUAAAGCUCUGAAAACUUGUAUAUUAUUGUUAUGAUUCUUCUUGACUCUGCUAAGUACCAGAUGUUAUUUGAAAUGUGUCAGAAAUCAGAUAUCAAGAUCUGAGCUAUGCUGCGCACUUGACAGCUUCAAAUUCCCUGUGCUGACCACAUCUACAACCACACUCACACAGAUAGCAGUGCACGGUGAGGCCUCUCGUGAGAGUGAAAACUUGUUCAGUCUUCAAGUAAAAGGCAAAAGAAAUUGCUCAGAGAUAAAAUAAGGACAGCCCUGAAUAGCACCACAACCACACAACUUAUCAGCAGAUCUAUUUUUCUUUUCGUGUGAGGGUUCAAAGGUCUCAAAGACAACUUAUUUAAAAUGCAAUUGUCUACAGAUAAAUACGUCAAAAUUGGCUUACCUGUAAUAUGAUACGAUCUAUAAAUUAAAUUACUUUUGCAGCUUUUACUGUGAGUCCAUACCUCACACCAUUUACUCAGUCAGAUUAGAAUACUCUGUCAGCAUUUAAUGCAAAGGAUCUUCCACCAAUGAGCUUUACAACAAGGUUGAAGAGAGAAAUACAAGAAACAAUAUGCAUAGAAUUAACUUUAUAAAGCAUGAUUUACAUCAGACACAGGACAUAGAAAUAAACACCUUAGAUUUCCUUUUGCAUAUCAGGAGCACAGAGCAACUUUGGGUAUUUGAGCCUAGCAGCAAUGUAAAAGAAAUCCCCCUUUGAUUCCUAAAUAGCAUGCACAACAUCACAGCGUCUUUCGUAACAGAUUUUAAUCUAAUGUGGCUCAUUCUAUGUGGCUUAUUUCUAACCGCAUCCAGCUGCACUGUGAUUACCCAAGCAGAGGUACAGUUCAUGGUCUUAAGAAACCCCUUAUAUAAAAUACAAUGUAAAAUAUGAAAUUGGGACUGAAAGCUUACAGCAGAUCAGGCAGCUGAUUUAAGUUUAAGACAUUGGGCUCUAUUUUCGUUCGCGCCGGUGAGGCGGCGGAGGGCGGCGAGCCCCGCGCAGUUGUAUUUUCGUCUGGCGGAGCCCAGCGUAAGGCCAAUUUGGUAUUUUCGUGGCAUGAGCCGCACGGAGGCGAGCCAAGAUCCGCCAAGCUGGGCGUGGUGGUGUGGCAGGGGGAGGUGUUGACAGAAUCAGCUGGCGCAGUGACAUUUUCGUGCUCGCCAACGGCGUGUAAAGUGCGCUGAAAGCUCGCCGAUUCAAACCUGGUCAGCUUUCAGCGCAAGGCGGAACGCAGCUGGUCUUGUAGUAUUUUGGUAGACCGGCGGCGUAUCGACAUACGUCACUGAUGCCUCACCGGCAGGUUUCCACAGUGUCAGGCAGAUUUCAGUGCAAUAAAUAAUCAUCAACAACUAUUAAUCUGAGUCAGCACAUAUAUUUAGAUCUAUAUAGAUAUAUUCUGAUCUAUAUCUGAUCUGAUGAGCGCGUUUGGCACGCGUUUGGACACACAACCUGACCGAAUCAACACAGCUGAAACCGCAUCAAAUUAAAUUAAAUAUCUAGUAAAUAAACACACAUGAUGAAGUUAACAAGAUAUGUAAUUCGUCUCCCUCCUUUUCUUUCUUCCUCUUCCUCUUAUUUCUCGCGCAGCUCGACCUGGACACGUCUCCGUGUCCUCUGUCCGUCUUGCUGCUGCUGCGACUGAACAGAUGAUUUGUUUCAGUGCUCAGAUGCGUGAUCUACUUUAAGCCGACAUACGGAUAUUAUAAUAUUCAGUUUUGUGAGCCAAAUUUAUUUUAUAUGCCAACAUCUAUGAAAGAAAGAGCCAGGCCACGGAGCGCGAUGCGUCAUUUACGCACAGAUGGUUCCAAUUUUAAUGCCAUUUUUGGAAUUUAUGGUGUGAUCUGUGCGCACAACUCAUCUUUGUCAUAUGGGAUUUAAAUAUAUGCAGCACAUACAUUUAGAUCUACAGUACAUUUUGAUGUAUAUCUAUAGGAGCGCGUUUGGCACGCCUAAUUGCCACUCCACCUGACCGACUAACACAGCUGAAACUCUGAUGCAAACUAACUACUUCACGUCUCUCUACCAACCACAAACAGCUUCGUCAUCACAGAGAGAGUAUAUAUUUGGCAUGUCAUCUCAGAACACUGAGAAAAGAAUCAACGCACACUGAAGCAAAGUAAGUUAUGACCGUUGUUCUCAAGAUUUACAUGCAGCAUGUGAUCUCACAGCUACAAAUUUAAUAAUUUCCAUGCUUAACAUUAUCUACAAAGAUGGAGUACAUAAUUGCAAGGAGGUGGAGGAGGAGGAGGAGAAAUUACAGAGAGAGGGUGAUUCAUCACAGGGCAUCAUAUUUAACCUUAACAGAGCAGGAAUGCAGGUGGGCCACAUGGAUAACGCCUCCAACACCGUGUUCAAUACAACUGCCUUUUAACAAUCUACUAUUUUCCUUGACACAGGACCAAAUUACACCUGCCUCGUGAGGUGGUCCACGCGAUAACACGGAUUGUGGCCUCAGAUGCGGACCCCGGUGGCCCAUGCGCUCUCCCAGUUGCUGUGAGGGUGACAGCGGCUCUGACUUUCUUCGCCACCGGGUCUUUCCAGCAUACCGUGGCUUCGGUGGUAGGGAUAAGUCAGGCCGCUGUCAGUUUGGCCAUACAUGCAGUGUCCACCAGUCUAGUCCGACACGCAAAUGAGCACAUCAUUUUCCCAUCAUCACCUGAAAGCCAGCUGGAAACGAAGCGAGGGUUCUUGUUGAAAUAUGGAUUCCCUGGGGUCCUUGGAGCAAUUGACUGCACACAUGUGCAGUUGCGCGCACCAGAGACCCAAGCCCUCAUUUAUGUGAAUCGUAAGGGAGUCCACUCCAUUAAUAUCCAGGUGAUUUGUGACUCAAAUUGCCUGGUGACAAACGUGUACGCUAAUUACCCCGGGUCUGCACAUGAUUCAUUCAUCCUGGCGAAUUCUAUCAUCCCUACAGUCUUUCAGGGGGACACCCCUCUGGAUGGGUGGCUGCUAGGUGAUAACGGCUAUCCACUGAAAACGUGGUUGAUGACGCCAUACAUUACACCUUCAACAAGACAGCAACGUGUUUUUAACAGUGUCUUCAGCAGUGCUAGGUCAGUCAUUGAACGUACUUUUGGAAUCCUCAAAAUGCGUUUCAGAUGUCUGGACCGGUCAGGUGGUUCAUUAACAUACAGCCCACAGAGUGUCGGUGCAUUCUUUGUGGCAUGUUGUGUUUUACACAACAUAGCUAUACGCCAUGGAUGCCACUACGACCUCGCCGAGGACACAUUACUGGACUUUAGACAGAGAGAGGCCGAAUUGCAUGUGCCAUGUCAGCAGGGAGAGCAGCAGAGCGCGCAGGUGAGGAGGGACCGCCUCGCAGCACAGCUCUGCCCUUAAGUGUGAGUAUUUGCUUUCAUUCAUUUAUACACUUUUUGUAAUUAUCCACAUUAAAACAUCCAAUAAAUAGUCAAACAUGAUUGCAUUAACAAGUGUUUUUAUUGUGUUUCUCCCCUCCCAACCCCCCUUCUUCUUCUUCUUCUUCCUCCUCCUCCUCCUCCUCUUGGGUCUGGACGCUGCAGUCGGUCAGUCAACCCAGGGGGCCGCCCCCCUCUUGUGCGCGGCCUCAGCGGCCACCUGGGACAGGCGGGGGCGGAUGAUUCUGCUGGUGGCAGCAGCCUUUCGGCUACCUGGACCAGCCGCUGCAGUGUCGCAACACCAGCGGCUAAGGGGAGCAGGCUGACCUGGAGGACCUCCUGGAGAGCCUUCACCUGGGCCUCCAGCGACCCAAGCCGCGUCCCCAUCGACCCCAGCUCCCUCUCCAACAUCAGAAAACCAGCCCGCUGGGUGUCCAGGAAGGGCUGGUCCUACCGCUGAACGCGGUUUCGUCUCCGACCCCGUGUUGCCGGCUCGUCUCCACGUCCUACCCCCUCCCGCGUCUCCGGCACCGGCUCCGGCUCCCCCUGGUCCUCCUCCUCGCGGUCGUCUUCGUCCUCUCCCUCCUUCUCCUCCCCCCCGACCACCUGCUGCUGCUGUUCUUCCUCCUCCUCCUCCUCCUCCUCCCUUGUGGUGUGCUGCUGCCGCGACGGCGGCAAUUCUGCCGAGGCUGACCAAAAAUUUUAUUUUAGUAAAUCACAGAAAUUCUUUUUUAAAAAAUGUUAAUACUUUCAUUUAGAAUAAAGAAGUUAGAAAUUGUGUGAGCAAAGUUCAUUUCAGAUGCAAACAUUAGCGGAAAGGGGGAGAAAAUACAAUCAGGCUUUGUUUGAUCCGUCUUUACGCACAGGUGGUUCCGAUUUCAAUCCCAUUACGCAUGGCAUUUUUUCAGAUCACCUGUGCACACAACACACCUUAGUAACACGUGGUUAAAUAUACAUGUUAGUGUCUUUAUUUGUGGAAAAGAAUGUUUGUCUUACCCGUGAGUCCAACCUCAGAGACACCAAACCCCUCGAUACUAAUUUUGGGGAGUGUGGAGGACGCCACGUCCUCCGCAGGGCUCAGCACCACACUCGUUGAGGGGCCGCCUCCGGUCGUUGCAGUCUGGCGACGGUGUUGGGAUAAUUUAAGUUUAGCCCGUCGUCUAACAUCAUUGAACCGCUUUUUGCAUUGCGCAGCGGUUCUCAGCACGUCCGGGCAAACAUGAUUGACAGCAGCACUUACCUCUUCCCAGGCUGCUUUCGCAUCAUCGACCCGUGGAGGUCUGUUCGCGUGACCGUAUAUCCGGCCACUGCGAGACUGGACCUCCCGGACCAGAGCAUCAGUUUCCUCCUGAGAGAAGUUCGGCUGUCUCGCACUCGUUUCCAUCUCGGCCAUCUGUGAGUCUGCUGCACGAAAAUGCCAAUGCGCCUCGCCGACGGCGGAUUUAAAGGCGAGGAGAGGCAGUUAUUUGAUUGGCGCAAAUUGGACUCGGCUGUGUUAAACCCACUUCACACCCACUGUCCUUCCCCCCACGACGUAUGCUGCUGGGAGGAGCUGAGUUAGGGAGGGGGGAUACUUACGCCGGGCUGCGCGGCCCACCAAAAUACCAAAAUGUGCUUGGGAACGCCUUGUCAGCGCGGCGGAUCUGAUUGACGCUGCGCUUGUGGCAGAUCUCCGGCGAAGCACCAAAAUAGAGCCCAUUGUGUUGGUCAAAGUGACAGUAGGAUUUUGAGUUCAUAGAAAACCGAAAGACUCCCCACAGCUGUAGUCUCCACCUGUGCAGAAUACACGACUACUUUAAAGCCAUAGUGUGUAACUUCUGUCAACCCCCUAGAGCAGUAGAUCUCAAGUCCAGUCCUCAAGCCCCCCCCCCCCCGGUCUGUUCGCGUGACCGUAUAUCCGGCCACUGCGAGACUGGACCUCCCGGACCAGAGCAUCAGUUUCCUCCUGAGAGAAGUUCGGCUGUCUCGCACUCGUUUCCAUCUCGGCCAUCUGUGAGUCUGCUGCACGAAAAUGCCAAUGCGCCUCGCCGACGGCGGAUUUAAAGGCGAGGAGAGGCAGUUAUUUGAUUGGCGCAAAUUGGACUCGGCUGUGUUAAACCCACUUCACACCCACUGUCCUUCCCCCCACGACGUAUGCUGCUGGGAGGAGCUGAGUUAGGGAGGGGGGAUACUUACGCCGGGCUGCGCGGCCCACCAAAAUACCAAAAUGUGCUUGGGAACGCCUUGUCAGCGCGGCGGAUCUGAUUGACGCUGCGCUUGUGGCAGAUCUCCGGCGAAGCACCAAAAUAGAGCCCAUUGUGUUGGUCAAAGUGACAGUAGGAUUUUGAGUUCAUAGAAAACCGAAAGACUCCCCACAGCUGUAGUCUCCACCUGUGCAGAAUACACGACUACUUUAAAGCCAUAGUGUGUAACUUCUGUCAACCCCCUAGAGCAGUAGAUCUCAAGUCCAGUCCUCAAGCCCCCCCCCCAUCCUGCAUGUUUUGGAUGUUUCCCUUCUCCAACACACCUGGUUCAAAUAAUCAGCUCGUUAUCAAGCUCUGAAAUGGCUUGAUAACGAGCUGAUCAUUUAAAUCAGGUGUGUUGGAGCAGGGAAACAUCCAAAACAUGCAGGACAGGGGGCCUUGAGGACUGGACUUGAGAACCACUGAUCUAGAGGAUUUCUGCGUUAGUACAACGAUACGGCCGGCACCUCAAUAUGACGUAUGCACAUCACACUCAGUAACACUCACCAGACACAGCAUACUGUUCAUCAUGGUACACGGACUGUAACUGUCUACACAACAUGUAGGCUACUAAAGUUAUUCAUCACAGCACACAGACCCCCUUCUCAGUAGAAUCCACCUCUGAACCUCUUGGUCACUUUGGUUUUACCCUCCCUUCUUGUUGUCAGGUAAAACCAAGUAGAAUGUGUUAUUUUCUGUGAGCCACUGUAGGAAUGUUGCCCCUCAACAUCAAAUACAAAAAGAACUGAGAAAUACUGUGAUAUUUUCCUGUUAUUUGAAUUCACGAAUAAAAAAAGGCAUUUUAAUAAUCCUUUAAUGCCAAGAAAUAACUUUGACUUGAAAAACAAUAAUAUGCCACUAGAUCCCUUUUUCCUCAACAAAAGAAACUCUAACCUGCUGAAGUAAAUAAGUAAAACAUGGCGCAGGCGCGGCGUAAGUCGCCGACAAAGCAUUCUCAAGCACAAUUUGGUAUUUUGGUGAGCGGCGCAGCCCAGCAUAAGUAUCCCCCCACCCUUACUCAGCUCCUCCCAGCGGUGUCAGUCAUAGGGAGGGAGGAGAGAGGGCGUAGAGUGGGUUUAACACAGCCAAGACCUGUAUCGACCAAUAACAUCAGCUCCUCUCCUCACCUUUAAAUCCGCCACCGGUGAGGUGUAUUACAAUUUUCGUGAAGUAGUCAAAGAGAUCAAGAGAUGUCUGAAGACAGUAAUGCCACACAAUGGCGACAGAAGGCAGCUCCUCAACAAGUGACGCUGUAAGCGCCGCAGAGGGCAUCCUGCACACUCUCUCAUAUGAGCACAGAUGGAUUUAGUAUGUGUAAUGUUGGACCCCCUGGUAAGACAAACACCCUUUUAGGUGUCACUUGGGUGUCACUCACAUAAAGUUGCACAUAUUCAAAUCUCACGUGAUAAAGGUGGGUUGUGCGCAGAGAUCACAACAUAAAUUCCAAUGUUUCAGUUUCGGCUGUGUUGAUUCAGUCAGGUUGUGUGUCCAAACGCGUGACAAACGCGCUCAUCAGAUCAGAUAAAGAUCAGAAUAUAUCUAUAUAGAUCUAAAUGUAUGUGCUGACUUAGAUAAUUAGUUGUCGUUGAUUAUUCAUUGCGCUGAAAUGUGCCUGACGCUUUGGAAACCUGCUGGUGAGGCAUCUGUGACGUGUGCCGAUACGCCGGUCUACCAAAAUACCACUAGACCAGCUGCACUCCGCCUGCGCCAACCAGGUUUGAAUCGGCGAGCUUUCAGCGCACUUUUUUUCAGCAGUUUGGCCCCAUAAAGAGGAAACCUGAUAUCAAGUCUACUUGAUAUCAGGUUUCAUCAUCUCCUCAUCUCACUCUCAUGCACAAACUUGAGAUUCAUUAACUAAGAGCUGCUGAGCUCAACUCAAAACUCCAAAAAGGCAAUUUAGGUGAACUUGAUAUGCGCACAGUAAACUUAAAGAGCCGUGUGAGACAGAGGACAACGUCACAUCAGAGAUCUUAAAAAUUAAAUGAAAUGUUUUGUUGUAUGAAGUGCAAAUACACUAAUCUUGAAUCAACUCAUAUUUACAGCCUUCAGGUGAUGUACACAACUGAAAAUCAUCCAGUACAAACAAAUAAAAAUCUAUGUGAAAUAAAAUAUGUUUGUCUCUUUGGAGUAGGACAUGCAUAAUGAUUUUAGUAACGUGAAAAAAGGUUUUUCCUUAUCACACACACACAGUUUGUGCUUAUGCAAUUUCUGCCUUCCCCAGUAAACACGAGGUCAACAGUGACAAAUUGUUUUUUGACUUCCUUUGAAGAAAAGUGAAGCAUCAUUAUAAACCUGAUGAGUGUGAUAGACAGUUUGGAAGCAAGGAAACAUCAGACACUGGUGCAAAGACUUCAUUCAGGUGAGAUCUAAAAAACAUUUUUUUUUUUCUCCUUGUGAAUAAAUUUAGAGUUUUCUCAUUUGCAGUCACUGAACUGUAUCUCAUGAGGAGUGUUCAUGAAGAUCUUUCUUUUAUUUAGCUAACAAUACUAGCUAAAGCAUGAAAAUAAUUUUUGUGGGUUUGUGAUUAUUGAUAACACUCCUCCUGCAGGUUACAGUUACAUUAUCGAAGACGGAUAACAGUUAAAAACAAAAUGAUGAUAUCGUGAAAAAAUUAAUGAAAAAUAAACAUUUGUUUUUUUUAACUCAACACAGACUACAUAUCUGAAAAAAAUAAAUCAAAUUCUACAACCACAAAUACCCUUUAAGUUCUAACUCUGUUACGCCAUUAAUACUGGACUGGCAACCAAACUUUGAAUGAACUAAACAAAAAGGGGAGCAGUAGCGUUUUAUCUAUUUCUUACUAAUUUGUGGAGAUCAUGGCCUUGUUUGUGUGUAUAAUUUUUUUGUAGACUCUGAAGAAUGGAAAAUAUCUACAAUAACACCACUUCACCAUCAGAAAACCAUAACGAUACUAUCGUCUCUGAAGAUCAGUUAAACGGGGAGAUUAAAUCUUUUAUGUAUGUUUGUACAUGCAUAAUCAUCUCUAUUGGCCUCCCCUUGACUCUUGUGACCAUCUAUGCUCUUUACUCUCUGGUAGGUACAAUAUGACUUCACUAAUUUACUGUCACCGUCAUGUUUCUGUGAGUUAGUGUGUCUGUCUGUACAGGAUCUGGAUCUGGAUUUAAUUUUAACUUUUGCAUUGACCCAAAUUUAAUCAUGUGAGCCCUUACACAUUGAGAACACUUACACUUAAAAUGCAAAAUAAGAAAAAGCAAAGGAAAGUCAGACAUUGUUGACUUUGUUUCCUACUUUGAUUUAAAAAUAAUUAAAGAAAGUGUGAAGUUUUGGAAGCAUUUAUGAUAAGCAAACUAUGGAUGAGUACCUGAGUUGUGGAUGAGAAAAACUAUGCAAAAAAAAAAAAACAAAAACAAAAACAAAAUUCUUAAUUUUGCACUCUGAGAAAAAAAAGUAGAAAUGCUAUAAACGAUAUUGAAUCAUUAAAAAUGAAGUAAAAAAUACAAUUUUGUAAAAAAAAAAAAAAAAAAGUCAUGAUAUUGGAAAAUAAUCCACAUUACUUUUGACAGACUGGUUUAGUCCAAUAAAUCCAGUGAGCAAAGCUGACAGCCCAGUUGCUGGAGGAGGCAGACUCCCUCACUUAAAACUUCCCUUUGAGAUAUAGGGCUGAUUGUUAGGGCUGCUGAGGCUUGAGCCAGCUCUUAGUUGUGCUGGAUUUCCUGAAUCCAGCGCUGCGCAAUAGCAAUGCGCGCAUCUGGCCGUGCAGUCGCAGAGAGUCGCUGUGUUGAGGCUCGGCUCAAACAGCGUAUCCCCCGGGAGAGCUACACGAUCCCUGAACGCCCAUAGGCUGUAUCAGGUGUCUAUCAUAGCAAACAUGAACCCUCUAAUAACUUUUAAAAACGGAGCUUCACAGAAAAAAGAGGACUUGAGCACAAACCAGUCUUACAAUAACUGCAUGUCAACAUCACAACCAAGGGGGAGAAAAAAUUAUGUUCUGUGUAAUAAACUUUGGACACUCAACCUGACUGAAUUAACACCUGAAACCGCAUUAAAUUAAAUACCCAGUAAACAAUGAUGAAGCUAACAAGAUAUUUAAUUUGUACCCUCUUUUUCUCUCUCCCUCUUUUUUCUCCUGCAGCUCGACCUGGACAUGUCUCCGUGUCCUCUCCCCAACCUGCUGCUGCUGCAGCAGCAAAGCUAAACAGAUUAUUUAGUUUUAGUGAUCAGAUGAGUUAUUGACUUAAAAAAUUUGAACAAAAAUUAAAAUAAACUUUCAUUUAAAAUAACUUGCAUAUCUGAUGUUGUCACAUCCAUAAAAACUCUGUGAAUAUUUAGGCCAGAGUCAGGCUCACAUACGAAUAUUAAAAUAAUUAGUUAUGCAAGUUUAUUUUUUACGCCAAAGAGCCAGGCCCCGGAGCAGAACAAAUAAACGCUGGGAAGUAAUGCACUCAAAGACACAUAACAAUCUGGCAAAGACUGAGAGAUGAGGGGAGUUAAAAUACACAAAGGGCUUUAUUUUCGUGCCUUGCCGGCGGCAUGGCACAGGACACAUGACACCAGAGGCACAGGAAUAAUAUUUGCUUACUCGCAUCCAAUAUGUUUUGUGACGUUUUUCUUCAAACUCAAAGAGUCCUCUGCAAACUCACAGCUGGCAAUUGCUUGACCCCAAUAAAUCUUGAGUAAUAUAUACAGUGGGUAUAAAAAGUCUACACACCCCUGUGUAACUGCCAGGUUUUUGUCAUGUAAAAAAUGUAAUCAAGAUAAAUAAUUUCACAACUUCUUCCACCUUUAAUGUGACCUAUGACCUGUACAACACAAUUGAAAAACAAACAGAACUCUUUCAGGGAGGUGAAGUAAACAUAAAUAACUGAGAUCAUGUGGUUGCAUAAAUGUGGGGGUGUGGCUGUGUUCAGAUUUAACCAAUAAGAUUCAAACUCAGGUUAAAUUGGAGUCAGCAUACGCCUGUCACCAAUUAAAGUGCCUCUGAUCAACCCCAAAUAAAGUUCAGCUGUUCUAGUAGUCUUUUCCUGACAUUUUUGUAGCCACAUCUUCCAGCACAAGCCAUGGUCUGCAGAGAACUUCCAAAGUAUCAGAGGGAUCUCAUUAUUCAAAGAUAUCAGUCAGGUGAGGGCUACAAAAGAAUUUCCAAGGACUUAAAUAUCCCAUGGAACACAGUUAAGACCAUUAUCAUCAAGUGGAGAAAAUAUGGCACAACAGUGACAUUACCAGGACGUCGGUCCAAAAUUGAUGAUAAAACAAGAAGAAAACUGGUCAGGGAGGCUACCAAGAGGCCGACAGCAACACUGAGGGGGCUGCAGGAAUUUCUGGCAAGUGCUGGCUGUGUAGUACAUGUGACAAAAAUCUCCCGCUGUCUUUAAAUGUCUGGGCUAUGGGGUAGGGUGGCAAGACGGAAGCCUUAUCUUACAAAGAAAAACAUCAAAGCCCAGCUUAAUUUUGCAAAAAGACAUCUGAAAUCUCCCAAACGCAUGUGGGAAAAUGUGUAAUGGUCUGAUGUAACCAAAGUUGAACUUUUGGGACAUCAUUGCACGAGGUAUAUUUGGUGCAAAAUCAACACUGCUCAUCACCAAAAGAACACCAUACCUACAAUGAAGCAUGGUGGUGGCAGCAUCAUGCUUUGGGGCUGUUUUUCUUCAGCUGGAGCUGGUGCCUUAGUCAGAGUGGAGGGAAUUAUGAACAGUUCCAAAUACCAGUCAGUGUUAACACAACACCUACGGCCUUCUGCUAGAAAGCUGAAGAUGAAGAGGAACUUCAUCUUUCAGCACAACAAUGACCCGAAGAACACAUCUAAAUCAACAAAAGAAUGGCUUCACCAGAAUAAGAUUGAGGCUUUGGAAUCAGAGGGAUCUCUGAAUCCCAUUGAACAUUUGUGGGGUGAUCUGAAGAGGGCUGUGCACAGGAGAUGCUCUCGAAUUCUGUCAGAUCUGGAGCGGUUUUGCAAAGAAGAGUGCGCAAAUAUUGCCACAUCAAGAUGUGCCACGCUGAUAGACUCCUAGCCAAAAAGAGUGGGUGCUGUAAUAAAAGCCAAAGGUGCUGCAACAAAGUAUUAGUUUAAGGGUGUGCAUAUUUAUGCAACCAGGUUAUUUUAACUCCUCUAUUUUUUAUUUUUCCCCUUAAAGGUUUCAGUUUGUUUUUCAAUUGCAUUGUACAGGUUAUAGGUCACAUUAAGGGUGGAAUAAGUUAUGAAAAUAUUUAUCUUGCUGUCAUUUUCUUACAUUGCGAAAACCUGGCAGUUGAACAGGGGUGUGUAGACUUUUUCUAUCCACUGUAGAUCGACUCCAUGAACACAGCUUCUCUAAUUAUUUGGCCAAUUUUGAUCAUUAAACUCUAAGGUUACUGCUGCACUAAAUCUUGAGUUCAGUCUUGUCAGUGUGUAAUGAGCAUUAUUUUACACAAAAAUUUAUGAGUGGUCAUAAGAGCACAAGAUUAUAUAAUUGUUAAAGGAUGAUUUAACAAUUGUUUAUUUACUUUUCUUGUAGGUGGGAAAGGAUCAUGUUGCACCGAUCUACAUCAUCAACCUUCUCAUUUCAGACAUCAUUCAGUUCUUAAUCAUGAUCGUGGCAGUCUUAGACCCCAUAAUAAGAAUAAAAGAAAUGGGAGAAAUGGCUGUUCCAUUCAUGAAUAGACUCUAUAGUUGUGGAGUAAUGGCCAGUGUUUGCUUCAUGGUGUGUGUCUCUCUGGAAAGGUAACUAUCUAAAGUUUACAUGUGCACUACUUCAGUGUUUGAAAGUUAUGUUCUUUUAUUUUCCUGCACCUUCUCAGAGACUGUGUGUCUUUCUCAAACUGCAGGUACUUGGUCAUCGUUCACCCACUGUGGUACCGCUACAAACGCACUAUAAAGUUUUCUGUGACGGUCUGUGUCAUGGUCUGGGUCAUUAAUUUUGUCUUCACCUUUGCUGUGUUCCCCUGGGUUAAUGAAUCAGUCGAAAGACUCACCAUUUCCGUUUUCCUCCUCCUUCCUUUUCCACUGUUAAUAUUCUUCCUGGUCAGGACCUAUAAAGCCCUCUCUGCCUCUGUCUCUGUCAAUUCUGCAGAAAAACAAAGAAUUGUGGGAAUUGUGGUCUCUGUACUGCUCAUUCACACACUUCUGUUUCUGCCUAUCACCAUUUUGUUUCUUGUAGAGGGGGCUGGAUUUCACAUCAGUUUUUUAGCACUUAGCCUGUGUGAUUUAUUGAUAAGGUUGAGUCCUCUUGCAGACUUAGUUCUGUAUAUUUUCAUCAGAAAGGCCACCAUGGGCAAGCUGUUGGCCUCUGUGUGUUGUUGCAAAGCGGAGAGCAAUGACAGUCACACAUCUGCAGUGAAUAUUGACAAUGUGGUCCCACCAGAGGGCACUGAUGUGCAGGAAAUGUCUGAAGGUUUCUCUGUUCCUCACACAAUCACGCCACUUAAGUAGAAUGUUUAAAGAAAUAUCAUGAAAUAUUUGUAGUGCUGAUCAUGCAGAAGUCAGUUUCUUUCUCCUGAAAAAAGAAAAAAAAGUGUUGUUGUGAGUCUGCCCUCCAUCUGCACAGUGGUGAUUGUACAUACUGUUCAUACACCUGCUCAACCUGCACUUGACGUGUGCUCCAGAGACAUUCCCAUAGGUUGACUGGACUGGCACAAAGGUGGGCACUAUUGAGAUUUACUUAGUUAAUUAGUAGAGUUAAGUUUCAAUAAAAGGAACACACUGUUUUUUAGCCUCUCUAAACUUAAUACCUUAGCUAAGGUUAGAACCUAACCCUCUGAUCUGUAAGUUACAGAAACACCCUAAGACCUGCUUUUAUUUCCUUGCUUUUAAUUGUGUUUAACCUGUUAAAUUGUCUUUCUUUUUAUAACACUGUUUGAUGUAUAUGCUGCAUGUGUAUGUUGCCUUAUGUGUCAGCAUUUUCUUCAAACCUGCAACUGGAAGUCUUCUCUUCACAGUUGAAACUGGGACUUGCUUACUGCAACCACUAUUAAGCUGUGCUUGAAGCUGUUGUCCUGUGAGCCGCCUAUUACACAAGCUGUUGACGUUCAGAAACUUGUCUUCUGAUGCUGUUGUGGCUUUGGGUCUGCUGUUAGGAUAUGAUGUAAAUAUAGAGAUGGUUUGACUGAGUUGCGCAAAGAAUUAACAAGUGUGUUUAUUGCAGUCAUGUACUGAUGGAUAACAGGAAGAAGGAUAAAAGCUCCAGGGAGGCUAUAGAUCCCCCUGUACAGAGGAAAAGAUCAGUAUCCAUAAUAUGGAGGUUUCAGCUUUGUCUUUUCUUGAUAGUUGGUAAGUAAGAGGUUUUGCACUGGAUAGAGAUGUUCGUGUGCUGUUUUUGAAGGAAGUUGAUGAAAAAGGACAUGGGUAGAGUGUGCUCUGCGGUUAGAGCAUCUAAAAAAGAAGGGUGAUAGAACUUAGGAGGGUGUUAGUGAUUUGCGUCUAUGAUAAAUGCUUUUUUUUUUUUUUAGCUUAAGUAGAUCAUCUUUCCAGCAACAGCUAAACUGUAUGAUUGAAUGGUCGUGUGUUAGAGAUGAGUGUAGAAUGCAUAACACAACUUCUUAUUAGGUAAACACCUGGACCCAUCUAUGUGAGAGGUGAAGAAGAAACAUGAACCAGCCUACACACGAAGACAACAUCAAGUGUAGGAAACUCUUUGUCUAGACAGGCGGAUCCUCGACUCUAAAGGGUUCAAGGGAAAGUUAGUCGGGGCUCUGAAGCGCUCAGACCUCUUAGUUGUCUGUUUGGUAGGAUGAGCUAAUUUGAGCCCAAAGAUCUUUGUUUUCACAUUCUUGACUCAUUAAUAAAAUACAGCUUCAACUGAGAACUCUUCUGAAUCCUCGUCUACUCUUCUUCCCAUUAACCACCACGCAGGAAAAGGGUCAGGGAUAAUUAAGGAAUUAGAGUCAGAAAGUGAACAUGAGUCAGUACUGUUUUGUGUGUGUGUUUGGGAAAUUAAAUGUAAGAGAACCCAUUAAGGUGACAGGAAAACCACCCUUUUUCCAACAACUACCUGUAGCUUAUCUCAUGAUAUUUCCUGUUAUUUGAAGUUACUAAUUGAAAAAGACAUUUUAAUUAUCUUUCAAUGACAAGAAAUAACUUUGACUUGGAAAACAAAUAUAUGCCAGUAGCAAUUAGACCCUUGACAACUAGACAGUUGUUAAACCUGCUGAAGUAAACUAGUAAAACACAAACAAGUUAAUUUAUCGUUGUAGUCUGCUCUCCUAGUCCCAGUCUCCCCAGUCCCAACAUGCACACACUCCCUGCCUUUCUCCGCUGUUUCGUCCUCACCAUAUUUGUGUAUUGACUUGUUAUUUAUGUAUGUGUUGUAUGUUAUGUAAAAUGUUAAAUUAACUACAAACAUUUACGCCGCUUAUCAGUUUUUUUCAGCAGCUUGGCCUCAUAAGGAGGAAACUUGAUAUCAAGUCUAUUCGAUAUCUGGUUUCAUCAUCUCCUUAUCUCACUCUCAAGCACAAACUUGAGAUUCAUUAACUAAGAGCUGCUGAGCUCAACUUAAAACUCCAAAAAGGCAAUUCAGGCGAACUCGAUACGCACACAGUAAACUUAGAGAGCCAUGUAAAACAGAAGACAACGUCACAACAGAGAUCUUGAAAAUUAAAGAUUUUUGCAUGAUGUGCAAAAACACUAAACCUGAAUCAACUCAUAUUUACAGCCUUCAGGUGAUGUACACAACUGAAAAUCAUCCAGUACAAACAAAUAAAAAUUUAUGUGAAAUAAAACAUGUUUGUCUCUUUGGAGUAGGACAUGAAUAAUGAAUUUAGUAACAUGUUAAAAAAAGGUUUUUCCUUAUCACACACACACAGUUUGUGCUUAUGCAAUUUCUGCCUUCCCCAGUAACCACGAGGUCAACAGUGACAAAUAGUUUUUUGACUUCCUUAGAAGAAAAGUGAAGCAUCAUUAUAGACCUGAUGAGUGUGAUAGACAGUUUGGAAGCAAGGAAACAUCAGACACUGGUGCAAAGACUUCAUUCAGGUGAGAUCUAAAAACCACCAUUUAUAUUGGACUACCAACUAAACUUUGAAUGAACUAAACAAACAAGAGGAGCAGCGUUUUAUCUAUUUCUUAAGAAUUUGUGGAGAUCAUGGCCUCAUUUGUUUGUAUAUUUUUUUUCCCAUGAUCUCUUCAACUUCAAGUCAGACUCUGAAGAAUGGAAAAUAUCUACAAUAACACCACUUCACCAUCAGAAAACCAUAACGAUACAAUCUUGCUUGAAGAUCAGAACUACAAGAUUAAGAUUAAUGUUAUUAUGUAUGUUGGUACAUGCAUAAUCAUCUCUAUUGGCCUCCCCUUGACGCUCGUGACCAUCUAUGCUCUUUACUCUCUGGUAGGUACAAUAUGACUUCACUCAUUUACUGUCUCCGUCAUGUUUCUUUGAAGUAGUUUGUCUGUCUGUACAGGAUCUGGAUUUGAUUUUAGCUUUUACAUUGACCCAAAUUUAAUCAUGUGAGCCCGUACAUACUGAGAACACUUUCACUUAAAAUGCAAAAUAAGAAAAAGCAAAGGAAAGUCAGACAUAGUUGACUUUGUCUCUCACUUUGAUUCCAAAACGAUUGAAGACCAUGUGAAGUUUUGGAAGCAUUUAUGAUAAGCAAAUUAUGGAUGGACCUGAGCUGUGGAUGAGAAAAACAAUGCAAAAAAGUUUAUUUUUUUACUUAAUUUUGCACUCUGAGAAAGAAAAAAAAGUGGAAAUGCUAUGAACAACAUUGAAUCUUUAAAAAUGAAGUUAAAAAUACAAUUUUGUGAAAAAAGUCAUGACAUUGGAAAAUAAUGCACAUUUUUUUUCAACAGACUGCUUUACUCCAACAAAUCCAGCAGGAAAUGCUUACAGCCCAGUUGUUGAAGGAGGCAGACACCCUCACAUCAAACUUCCCUUUUGAGAUACAGGGCUCUAUUUUCGUGCCUCGUCAGCAUGCGCAGUGAAAGUCUGGUCCGCCGCACCAACAAGGCGUUCCCAAGCACGAUUUGAUAUUUUGACAAGCGGCGCAGCCCGACAUAAGUAUCCCCCCUCGCGAACUCAGCUCCUCCCAGCGGCGUUAGCCAUAGAGAAGGAGGAGAGAGGGCGUGGAGUGGGUUUAUUGGUUAAAUCUGAACACAGCCACACCCCCACACUUAUGCAACCACAUGAUCUCAGUUCUUUAUUUUUACUUCACCUCCCUGAAAGAUUUCUGUUUGUUUUUCAAUUGUGUUGUACAGGUCAUAGGUCACAUUAAAGGUGGAAGAAGUUGUGAAGUUAUUUAUCUUGAUUAAAUUUUGUACAUGACAAAACCUGGCAGUUGAACAGGGGUGUGUAAAUUCCAAAAAUGGCAUUAAAAUUGGAACCAUCUGUGCGUAAAUGACGCAUCGCGCUCCGUGGCCUGGCUCUUUCUUUCAUAGAUGUUGGCAUAUAAAAUAAAUUUGGCUCACAAAACUGAAUAUUAUAAUAUUCGUAUGUCGGCUUAAAGUAAAUAACUCAUCUGAUCACUGACACAAAUCAUCCGUUCAGUCGCCCCAGCUGCAGCAGGACGGGAGAGAGGACACGGAGACAUGUCCAGGUUGAGCUGCGCGAGAAAUAAGAGGAAGAGGAAGAAAGAAAAGGAGGGAGACAAAUUAAAUAUCUUGUUCACUUCAUCAUGUGUUUCUAUCUAGUCUACGAAAAUAUCAGCAUCAUCAGCACGGCGAGGCAUGAAAAUAAAGCCUUGCGUCUACAUGCACAAUCAAGUUACAGUCGAAGCUCGAUCAGGCCAUUUAACUGGACUUCUGUCCUUGUUCCAGUCCACAUGCACUAGACAAAAAUUGAGCUAUUGACAGAAGCAUGACCAUGUACACGAUGGUAGGUGACACCCUCCUUCAACUGUUAAAAACAAGUGUUCUCCCAAUUGACAUAUUGUGUUUCAAAACAGUCAGUAAAAAUGUUAACAAGAGGCAGACAAACAAAAAAUGUCCUUUUUUCAGCCCUGUACCAUUUGUUUGUACAAGAGGAAAAUGUUGUCUUUUUACUUUCUUUCUUCAUCUGUGGAAGUUUUCAUUUACUCCUCAGCUUCACAGUAACACAUCUGAUGAGUGCACAUAAUCUCUUGGACAGUUUCAGUCUGACUGAGCCGAUAUGACACAGUUAUAUGCACAUUUUCUUUCCCAUGUCACAGGAUGCUUUUGGGUGUUACAACAGUUUCUGGGGUUGGUCUUAUCAGGAAAAAAUCUUGUUUGCAUCAUAAACUGAUGUGAACAAGAUUGCUGAAACCUUUGAAGUGAAACAAACAUCCAGAAAACUUGAAAGGAUAUGGUUCUUCACAGAUGACACUCAAUUAUACCUACUACUGAAACCAGGAGAAGCCGCUCCGCUGAUUGACUACAACCAAGGGAGCAGAGCCAUAACAAGGAGCUUUGCCCUCUUUGGCUGUUUUCUGGCAUGCCCCUGGACAGGUGGCCAAUCAAAAGAAAGUAGGCUUGUGGAAUUGUGGAAUUCGAUUUCAGGUGGAGGCUGAAAUAAUGAUUAUUUAAUACACCAUCAGUGUGAAAUGAGCAUUAUUUUACACAAAAAUGUAUGAGUGGUCAUAAGAGCACAAGAUGUCAUAAUUGUUAAAGGAUGAUUUAACAACUGCUUAUUUACCUUUCUUGUAGGUUAGAAAGGAUCAAGUUUCACCGAUCUACAUCAUCAACCUUCUCAUAUCAGACAUCAUUCAGUUCUUAUUCAUGAUCGUGUGGGUCUUAGGCCCCAUGGAAAAAAUGGCUGGUCGGUUCGUGGAUGGAAUCUAUGAUUGUGGAGUAAUGACCAGUGUUUGCUUCAUGGUGUGUGUCUCUCUGGAAAGGUAAUGAUCUAAAUUUUAUGUGUGCACUUCUUUAGUGUUUGAAAGUUAUGUUCCUGUAUUUUCCUGCACCUCCUCACACAGUGUGUUUCUUUCUCAAACUGCAGGUACUUGGUCAUCGUCCACCCACUGUGGUACCGCUACAAACGCACUAUAAAGACUUCUGUGACAGUCUGUGUCAUGGUCUGGGUCACAACUAUUGUCUUCAACUUUGCUGUGUUCCCCUGGGUUGAUGAUUCAGUCGUAAAACUCACCAUUUCCGUUUUCCUCCUCCUUCCUUUUCCACUGUUAAUAUUCUUCCUGGUCAGAACCCUUAAAGCCCUCUCUGCCUCUGUCUCUGUCAAUUCUGCAGAAAAACGAAGAAUUGUGGGAAUGCUGGUCUCUGUGCUCCUCAUUUACACACUCCUGUUUCUGCCUAUCACCGUUAUGUUUCUUGUAGAGGGGGCUGGAUCUGACAUCAGUUUUUUAGCACGUAGCCUUUGUCGGUUAUUGAUAAGGUUGAGUCCUCUUGCAGACUUAGUUCUGUAUAUUUUCAUCAGAAAGGCCACCUUGGGCAAGCUGUUGGCCUCUGUGUGUUGUUGCAAAGAGGAGAGCAAUGACAGUCACACAUCUGCAGUGAAUAUUGACAACAUUUAG